UUAUAUGCUCAACACAAUAUUUGUAUCCAUCCCUCUGUGGGUAAAUUUUUACUUCAAUGUACAUCUCAUCUCGAAAUGAUACAAAAUUUCAUGAUGUAAUUUCUCCAAUUAGUGAUUAAAUUAUAACAUGACGUACUGCAUGUCUGAUUAGAUCUUUCCACUCUGACUACUGAAAUAAUAUUUUGUUUAAUUUGUAUUUUAGUAACCAUCACUGGGACACAGAAUUGUUGAAAAUGCCAAAGUAUAUCUUUCUACACUAUUUAAAACUUGUGUUUAUAUUCUAAAAGUGAAAUGAAGUACAUUUUUAAAAAAAUAGCAUAUCGCAAGCGCACAUAACUAAACAAGUUCUUAAAAUGCUACUGGAGAAACUUCAGAAGAAAUCGUAGCUUUUUGUUACAUACCCGUGUGUUUGUCAUUUGUGGGGUUCGGUUCGGUUGGGCUGGCCCGUCAGUAGGAGGAGUUCGGAGGGAGAGUCGAGAGGGAGUGCGGUUGUUGUGGAUGUCUGUGUGGUGGUGGUGGUGGUGGUGGGGCAAGGGGGGAGCGUUGUCAUGGAAGACUUUUGGGGGUGUCUAUAAAGUAAGGCCGCCGCUGUGAUGACCGCUGCACUCACAAUGAUGAUGAUGGACUUCAUGGAGGACAAGUUCGGCCUGAAGAACCAGGCCAUGAAGGCCGCGGACUACUUCAUGGAGCCGACAAUCGAGAGUCUGGACGGCGGCGUCUACUUUGCCAAGUCGACCCCAAAAUGCGCGCAGGCCUUCGGCGAACACCGCGCCUCGCCUCGCUCGGACCAGCACGGCGGCUAUGGAGCGACCAAAGCGGAGGAACUGGCCGGCUCCGCGGCAUCAUGUUGCCGCGGCGACGAGGCGGACGAAGCAGCGGCGGACAAGGGCGACGACAAGGUGACGAGCAGCAAGAAGCGGCGCCACCGGACCACUUUCAGCAGCGCGCAGCUCGACGAGUUGGAGAAGGUCUUCCAGAAGACUCACUACCCGGACGUCUACGUGCGCGAGCAGCUGGCCACCAGGACCGAGCUGACCGAGGCCAGGGUGCAGGUGUGGUUCCAGAACCGAAGAGCCAAGUGGAGGAAGCGGGAACGUUACGGACAAAUCCAACAAGCCAAAAAUCACUUUGCCUCCGCCUACGACUUGUCUGUGCUGCCUCGCACUGACAGCUACGCGCAGAUUCCAAACAACUUGUGGUCGAGCGCCAGUCCGGCCGCUCCUGUGGUGUCGCCCUGCAUGCUGCCCCGAGGUUCGCCACCCUGCGUGGCCUCCUACUCCCCGCGCUCGGCCUCCUCCGCUGCCGGCGAUCACGGCCACGGCUACUUCCCCAACCAGCAAAACCAGUUUGGCCACGUUUCCCUCAACAACUUCUGUGGCGACCCGCUUCUCUCGCCGGCCGCCAACAGCCACCACGCCUUUGAGACCAAACCCGAGUUUGAGAGGCGCUCGUCCAGCAUCGCCGUGCUGCGCAUGAAGGCCAAGGAGCACGCCGCCAACAUUUCUUGGGCCAUAUGAUCCCGCUUCUACAACCAAAAAAAAAAAAAAAACGCUUGGAGCCGCUUCUAGAACCAAAGAAACACAUUUGAGACUCAGGAGUGAGGAGGGCAUCAGUUAAUGCACGAGAAACACUCUGUUGCCAUCUCCUGGUGUCUCCAUGUGUCUUCAGACCCGUGCUGACAUGCUGACCCGCUUCUAGAACCAAACAAACUUUAGCCCCCUUCCAGAGCCAAAAAUCACUUUUGAGGCUCUGGUGUGAAGUGGACGCAAUGCACAUGAAGGCAAUAAAAAUAAUGCUUGGCAUUGUCAUGUUUUAAUGGUCACAUGUUGACCCACUUCGAGAGCCAAAGAAACUUUUACCCACUUCUAGAACCAAAAGAAACACUUGUGAGGGUCAAGUCUGAGGCGGACUCCAGUUAACGCACAUGAAGGAAAUAUGAAAAACACGCUGACGGUGUUUGAAGGCACAUGUGAUCCCACAGUUGGACAUGUUGAUACUCUUCUACAAGCUAGCAAAUGCGGACCCGCUUCUAGAGCCAAAGAAAUUUUGCCGGCUUCUAGAGCCAAGGACGAAUGUGGACC